UGUCACUGUAACUUGUCAAAGAAGGACUAAGUGAGCUUCUAGGUUUGGCUGCUUGGAGGCUGCUUCUCCUUUACUUGGAAGGCUUCGCGAGUGAUGGACCCAUACGUGAUUCAGAUGAACGGCAACGGCACCCUCCCCUCAGUUCGGGAUGUGCAUGGCAACUUCAGCGGGAGAAGCUCCGGGCCCGGAAAAAUGAAAGGCAGGAAGGCCAGAUGGUGCGUGAGGCCAUCAGACAUGUCCAACAAAACUUUUAAUCCCAUCCGUGCCAUUGUAGACAACAUGAAGGUGAAGCCAAAUCCAAACAAAACCAUGAUUUCUCUGUCCAUUGGGGAUCCAACUGUGUUUGGAAACCUGCCUACAGACCCUGAAGUUACUCAAGCAAUGAAAUAUGCCCUGGACUCCGGGAAAUAUAAUGGUUAUGCCCCAGCCAUUGGCUACCUCGCCAGUCGUGAGGAGAUUGCUUCUUAUUACCACUGUCCUGAGGCACCCCUGGAAGCUAAGGAUGUCAUUCUGACAAGUGGCUGCAGUCAGGCUAUUGAACUUUGUUUAGCUGUGUUGGCCAACCCAGGGCAAAACAUCCUGGUUCCGAGACCCGGUUUCUCUCUCUAUAGGACUUUGGCUGAAUCUAUGGGAAUUGAAGUCAAACUCUACAACUUGUUGCCGGAGAAGUCUUGGGAAAUUGAUCUGAAACACCUGGAAUCUCUGAUUGAUGAAAAGACAGCUUGUCUCAUUGUCAAUAAUCCAUCAAACCCCUGUGGGUCAGUGUUCAGUAAAAGUCAUCUUCAGAAGAUUCUAGCAGUGGCUGCAAGGCAGUGUGUCCCCAUCUUAGCUGAUGAGAUCUACAGAGACAUGGUGUUUUCAGAUUGCAAAUACGAACCACUGGCCAACCUCAGCAACAAUGUCCCGAUCCUGUCCUGUGGAGGGCUGGCCAAGCGCUGGCUGGUUCCAGGCUGGAGGUUAGGCUGGAUUCUCAUCCAUGACCGAAGAGACAUUUUUGGCAAUGAGAUCCGAGAUGGGCUGGUGAAGCUGAGUCAGCGGAUACUGGGACCCUGUACCAUUGUCCAGGGAGCUCUGAAAAGCAUCCUGCGUCGCACCCCUCAAGAGUUCUACCACAACACUCUAAGCUUCCUCAAGUCCAGUGCUGAUCUGUGCUAUAGGGCACUGGCUGCCAUCCCUGGACUCCAGCCAGUUCGCCCUUUUGGGGCCAUGUACCUCAUGGUUGGAAUUGAGAUGGAACACUUCCCAGAAUUUGAGAGUGAUGUGGAGUUCACGGAGCGGUUAGUUGCUGAGCAAUCCGUCCACUGCCUCCCAUCCACAUGCUUCGAGUACACGAAUUUUUUCCGAGUGGUAAUCACAGUCCCCGAGGUGAUGAUGUUGGAGGCUUGCAGCCGGAUCCAGGCGUUCUGUGAGCAGCAUUACCAUUGUGCUGAAGGGAGCCAGGAGGAGUGUGAUAAAUAGGCCCUCAUCCAUUCUCCUGAGGAUGUGGCCCACCUGGGGAGGGCUGGACUGGGCCUUGCUGCUCCUCAGGGAGUCAGGUGGCCCUACCAGGAGAGGGGCCUCAACAGCACCGUGUCAAGUGUUCAGGAUUGCUCCUGCUUUUCCCGUUACGUCCACAUACAUACACGCUCAACCCAAGAUUCUCCUCUCCCUCUGCUCUACUGGAGUGACUCACUAAUUCAUUAAUCUGCCCCCCUCUCAUGUGUUUUCCUCCUUUUUUCCUGAGAGUACCAGCUGAACCAACUUUACCAGAAAGCGGUUGAGACAAGACAAGUAAGAGCUCAGAAUGAGAGAAGCCAAAGAUUGAGAGAACUUGCACCCUCAACCAUUUCCUCAUACACUAAGUAAGAACACACUCUCUCCAGUCAGCUCUGAAGCCCAACUCUGUUACUGCCUCACUUCAGGUAUACCUCACUUUAUGCAAUGGAAUUAUAACUGGAAAGAAGUUGGGGACACACGUAUUUGGUUAAUUAUAUUCUAAACGUACUAGGCAAAGUUGCUAUUUGAAGGAUCCCUAACAGAAACCUUUUUGUUGAUUUUUUUGUAAAGAAUUAUUUUGUGAUGCAAAUAAAUGUCCUUUAAUUGA